UCAGUAAAGCGUGCAUAUCUUUGUACGAAUGUUUUUGAGUGAGCGUGAAUGUGUUGCGUGUAGUUGUAAACAUUUGUGUAUAGUGUAAAUCUAGCGAUCAUGGUGAAAUUAACGCCGGACUUGAUUUAUCAAGCUAUGCAGUACAUUAACCCUGUAAGAGAUCGCGAAUUGGAUUUAAGAGGUUACAAGAUACCAGUCAUCGAAAACAUGGGAGCAACUUUAGAUCAGUUUGACUGUAUAGAUUUUUCAGACAAUGACAUCAGAAAGUUAGAUGGAUUUCCACUUUUGAAACGUCUGAAAUGGCUGUUACUAAAUAACAAUAGAAUUGUUCGUAUAUCUGAAGGUUUGGAAAAGUCCUUACCAAGUUUGGAGACGCUUGUAUUAACCGGAAAUCAAAUACAGGAACUGGCGGACUUGGAUCCACUGGCAAGCAUCAAAUCACUAAGAACUCUAAGCCUUCUGCAUAAUCCAGUGACUACGCGACAGCAUUAUCGUGCGUAUGUUAUUUUCAGAAUACCACAUUUACGUAUACUGGAUUUUCGAAAAAUCAAAAUGAAAGAGCGAGAAGAUGCAGCUGCUCUAUUCAAAAGCAAGAAAGGCAAGGAGCUGCAGAAAGAGAUUGCCAAAAAAGCAAAAAAUGCAUUCCAGAAUUCCGCGGCUGCAGGAUCUUCAGAGGAGCAAAAGCCUACAGGACCUACAGCAGAAGAGCUAUGGAAGAUUAGAGAAGCUAUUUCGAAGGCCAGUUCAUUAGAGGAAGUGGAAAGGCUCAACAGACUACUUCAAGCUGGACAAAUACCUGGGAGAGCACAUCCUCCAGGAGUUUCGCAAAUGGACGAAGAGAUGGAAGAAGAGGAGUCGUCACACAACCGCCCGAUGAUGAAUGGGAACUGAAGUGACAUUGGUUUUGCAGAGUGAAACUGACAGCCGGACUGGUAUUUGGGCUCAUUUCAGAAUGCUUUUACCAGCUGACCCAACCAAGCAUUGCCUGUGGCAUAGGAGACAAGUAAUGGAGGAAGAAAAUUUUGAGUACAUUUCGUGAGUCAUUGUGCCCAUGUAACAGUUGUAAGAUCAUUAUCCACAAAAGGCGAGAUUCCGGGUCAGAGACUUGAUGUGGCACACAGUUUUAACAUGCCCAGAAGUUUCUUGUACUUGUUGUGAAGUGUUUAUAGUCCAUCUGUGUUAAUGUCUUUCUCAAUGUAUGUGGUAAUCUGGACAUUAUAUCUCUCUCAACUGUCAGUGCCUUUAUAUUCUUCCACAUAGCUUGCCCUAAAACUUUUACUGCUGAAUUGUGGUCUUAAGCCUUAAGAGUGGUUCAAAUCACUCUCCAUAAUAAAAUUAAAGCAAUAACAGACCUUGGUUGCAAAAUAUAAGUCUUUUGACCUAGGUUUCAGCACUGCUAUGAGUGCCUUCAUCAGAAGUAAAGGAUUCAAAUUGAUCUAUAACAUAGGUAGAAUUUUUUUUUUAAUAUACUGUAAGUUUAAGUAAUGACUAACAGUACAAGAAAAAAAUACAGUACUUACAUGUCACAUAUAAAUAGCAAGCUGUAAAGCCUUAGUAGUAAAAUUUUGAAAAAGGAUACUGUGGGCUGUUCGCAUAUUUUGAGCUUCAGGUAGCAACAGAUUGAGGCACCUGUGUUAUCAGUUGCAGGCAGGUUAACAUUAUACCAAAAGUGCCAUCUCAUAGCCGCAAAUACAAAUAGGCUACUUAACAUUCAAAAUAUACACAGAUGACCAUGCAGCCAUGAUUAAAACUUUGUUAAAUUAAGCACUCUCCAUACUUGUUUAUCCUGUGCAAGUCUCUUCAUAUUUGAAUAACUUUUGCAACCUAUGUUUACUUGAACCUGUUCUCUGUAGUCAGACCUCGGUCUCCCUCGACAAUUUUUUCCUCCCACACUUAACUCCAUUACCAAAUUAAUUGUUCCUUGAUGUCUCAGGAUGUAUAUUCCCUUCUUUUAGUCAGGUUGUGCCACAAAUUCUUUUUACUCUGAUUCAUUUCAGUACACCUUCAGUCUACUUGUCAGGUCUCCAGCAGUCUUCUGCAACUCUGCAUUUCAAAAUCUUCUAUUCCCUUCAUGUCUGUAUUUUUUUGUUUCCACAUUUCAAGCCUACAGUGCAGAAAAUAUUUCUAAAAGUGUAUCCGAACACCAAAAUUUAAUAUUAGAUGUUAAUGUAUUUCUCUUUUUCAGGAGAAUUGCUCUUGUUUUUCCGUCUUCCAUUUUAUAUCUUCUUCAAUAACUCUCAGCUAUUUUACUAACCAAAUAGUGAAUGUCUGCUAUUUUGAGUGUUCCAUUUCCUAAUGUAAUAACCUCAAGUUCACCUAUUUCUAUUUGAGCUCAUUUAACUAUCUUUGUCUUGUUGAUGUCCAUAUUCUGGUCUCUUUACAGCACAUUAUCCAUUCCGUUCGACUGAUCUUCCGAGACCUUUGCCAACCUGACCAGAUUUCAGUGUCCUGGCAAACCUCAAAGAUGUUAUUUUUCUCCUGGAGCUUUAAUUCCAUUUCUGAAUUUGUCCUUAAUUUCCUUCACUGCUUGCUCAAUAUACAGAUUCAGUAUCAUGGGGGAAAGCCUACAAUCUUGUAUCUCUCUCUUCUGAAUUACUGUCUCAUUUUAAUCUCCUUCAGCCUAUUAUUUCAUUCUUGCUUCUGUCCUGGUUGUAAAUAACCUAUCACUCCACUCAUUGUACCACAGAUACACAGAGGCAGUGAGACCUAUUGUCGAGUGUGUAGUGGUACUGGAGAGUGUCAAGUGAGAAGUAGUGCGGGAAAGACGGGCAAGAAUGGUGAUCGAGUGAGUUGUAAACGGUAAAAAUUCACCGGAGUGUGACGAGUGACCGCGUCCCCCUGAUCGUCGUGGGGUGGACCCUCAUUUAUACCGAUUCGCCAGUGAUAUGAAAACAAAAGUGACAAGUGCCGAAUUACGUGUUUCACGUCAACCGCGUCGGCCAGCAACAACCAUGGAUUGCAGUGAGGAUUGUUGUGUAUAUUAACCAUCAUCAUUGCGUGUGAUGAAGUUCCUAAAAUCAACAACUAAUAAAAGACAUAACCAUAAUUAAAUGUGUAAGGCGAAGGUAGCAACUGCCUCAGCAUUUGUGUGUUAGUAGGAAAUACAUAUCAGUUUGUAAAUCACAACCAUUGUGGUCCUUAAUAAUAGACAAACUUUCUAUCAUUUGCACUAUUCAAUCUCAGAACAACCGCACUCGGUUGAAAUACCCCCGAAUCCAGCAGAAAAACCGAUAGCCUUUCUUCAAUUAAGCACACGGUCGUAUAAUCACAAUAAUUAAUUGUUUGGCGGCUUCGAUAAAUUACACAAAACCCAAUAAGGAUUUAAUCGGGGGUGUUUCAGUAUCCACAUAUGCCUUUGAACAUACUUAGACAGAUAAUAUCAUUGUACAAUGUAUAUUUCAUUAGAUAUGAUGUCAGAAACAAUGAAAUGUGUGAAGAAAGUCCAGCGUCAUGCAUGAAGUUUCAGUAUAUUUAUUCUGAACUAAUAAGACACUCCUAAAAUUGAGCCAAAUCGAGCAGCAUUUUUGACAGUUGCAACCGUGAAACACAAAUGACUUCCGGUGAAAACUAAAGCUGUUUGUAGAGCUACGAAGAGACAUUUCCAUAGAGAUGUCUAUGAAAUCAUGUUGGAGACUCACACAGGAGCUGCACCCAAUGCACAGAAACUUCACUGCAAACACGCUUCAUUUCUUUAUUUCCAUUUCUAAUAGAAAAUUAGCAAAAGGUAUACCUGGGCAAUUCCAGGUUGGUCAGCUAGUAUUCUUGUGGACAAAUGAUGAGUCAUCACUCCCUUUUUUUUAUUUUACAAGAUUUGGCCACCCUAGGCCAAACAGACCUGUGUGUGUCCACUGAUGCUGCCUUUCUCCGUGUGUAUACAAUCUUAUCUGCCAGUCUUGCUAUGUAUAGGUCCAAAGCAGUUGGGCAAUAUUCUAAGAGUAGUAAGCAGUUUUCUUUGUUGAGUCACUAAAUAUUUUCAGUUUCCUAGCAAGGAACCAAAGUCUGCCACCUGCUUUACCCAUGUUGGAGCCUACACAAUAAUUGCAUUACAUGUUUAUAAUUUAUUAUAUCCAGGCUACAUUGAGUUGAUUGAUUCCAACUGUAAUCCAUCAAUAUUGUAGUCAUAUGGCAUUACACUUGUGUUUUAUGUGAAGUGCACAAUUUUACAUUUGUGAACGUUUACAGCAAGCUGCCAGUCUUUGUACUACUUUGAAAUCUUAUCAGCCAGUCUCUGUACUACUUUGAAAUCUUACACUAGUAACUGCAUCUGCAAAAAGUCUGAGAUUACUAUAAAUAUUAGAUUACAAAGGUCAGUGACUUGGUCUUGUACUACUUUAUGAAAAAAAAAAAAAAGAGAUUCAAUACCCAAAAAUGUGAAAACAUAAACAAAAGCAUAUCAACAGAUUACCAAAAAAGGAAAAUGGACUUAUUUAAUGUAAAUAAA